CAAAGACUGCAAAACACAAUGUUCAUAAACAAGUCUGAACCUCCGUACAGUACACAGGAACAAAAGUACUGAGAUGUAAGACUUCGCAUACAACUUCUCAGCAAAAUCCCUACUUUCCUCUUUUCAGAGCUAUUCGUGUGACCGAACGAAGACGGGGAGGAAAUAAUUGCAAUAAUGAUUAGGAAAUUAUUUGCCCACCUGCUCGGCACCCCCGAUGAGAAUGACAUAAACACCUGCGACAUCACCGAGGAGACUGAAAGUUUUGAUGACCUGUUAGAGUUUGAGGAGGGAGACUGGGUGAUCAUCGAUAUUCAUGAGGGGCAGGCCCUGGCUCCUCCGCAGGUCGAUCCCCUGGAGAACCUGCUGAUCGAGCACCCCAGCAUGUCAGUGUACAAGCGGAGAUGCCAGCGAAACGAGGAUGGCCUCGGGUCUGAGGAAGAGGAGGAGGAUGAAGAGGAAGAGGAUUCUGCUGUGCCUGUGCCGGUCAGGCGUCCCAUCCCGUGGAGGAUGACGGCAUGGGGCAGCAUCCUGGUGAGCGACAGCCACUUCCACACUUUGCAGACUGCCAGGGCACACACGGAGCGCAGGAAGCUGUCCCGCAGCGCCCUCUGCAGGCAGAACCUGGUCAAGACACGCUUCUAUGCUGCCGGGAAACGCUACGGCUACUUCAAGCAGCCCUGCCAGCGCCUCUACAACUACUGAAUCCCCGCCCACCAGCCCUCUGAGUGCCUCUGGGCAUGUUGACAUUAAUGGUAAUGACAAUGUUUACCUGCGAGUCACCUGCCUUCAUUCAGUGUUUGCUUGAUACUGGUGCCACAAAGCCAUUCAUUAGUAAUCCAAGCAAAGCACAAGGCACAACACAAACAGAUCUUUGACAAGCUUAGGCAACAGUAGUUGCAUAGCAGUAGUAUGCCAGCAACCACAUCUGCACUCAGUUUCAGCAUUCAUUUAAGUUUUUCAGUGUAAACUACCAUGCUAACUGCCUUUAAGCCAGUUUAGUUGGCUUACUGUUUUUAGUGCUGUGUUUACUUAAUAAAAUUGUGGUGUGUGUUUUAUGGUUUAUAGAAUAGUGGCAUGAGUGGAAUUUAUUUUUGCUUUUAUGGUAUAAGAAUGUUUUGUAUUGUAUGUUGUUGGAUACUGUUAUCUUAAUAUUAUAGUAUGCAGACAUUGUUACAUAAUUAUGUCUUAUAAGAAUCACAUGUGUGAAUUUUAAAAACAUACCUGACCUAUGCAGUGUUAAUAUAUGACAUUUCACUGUGUAAUGAAACCACUAUGGCUCCUUUCAGCAUGCUGCAGUUAUUUUUAUAUUGUAUGCUUGUUUUGCCUUCAGGAACAAAUUAAUAGUAUGUAAGGAAUACCUGAGACUGGUAAAUUAUGUUAACAAUGACAAUUUUUUUACUGUAACACUGAAAUUGAUACCACUAUUUAUAUUCAUAUGACUGUUUCCAUUGCUACACAUGAAUCCAUGUUUUUGCUUAUAGAAAUGCAGUUUGUAAAUAUUACUAUACGGUUCAGAUUUUUGUAUUUUCAGAGCGUAUAUUUCUUAAAUACCCAUAAAAAAGACAGAAUAAAUGUGUUUUGCACAUCAA